AUGGUGAAGUGUGCUGCAAGGAGUAAGAGUGUGAUGAAGAAGUGUGCUGCAAGGGGGAAGAGAGUGAUGAAGAAGUGUGCUGCAGAGGGAAGUGUGAUGAAGAAGUGUGGUGCAAGGGGGAAGAGUGUGGUGAAGAAGGGUGCUGCAAGGGGGGAAGAGUGUGAUGAAGAAGUGUGCUGCAAGGGGGAAGAGUGUGAUGAAGAAGUGUGCUGCAAGGGGGAAGAGUGUGAUGAAGAAGUGUGCUGCAAGGGGGAAGAGUGUGAUGAAGAAGUGUGCUGCAAGGGGGAAGAGUGUGAUGAAGAAGUGUGCUGCAAGGGGGAAGAAAGUGAUGAAGAAGUGUGCUGCAAGGGGGAAGAGUGUGAUGAAGAAGUGUGCUGCAAGGGGAAGAAAGUGAUGAAGAAGUGUGCUGCAGGGGGGAAGACAGUGAUGAAGAAGUGUGCUGCAAGGGGGAAGAGUGUGAUGAAGAAGUGUGCUGCAAGGGGGAAGAGUGUGAUGAAGAAGUGUGCUGCAAGGGGGAAGAGUGUGAUGAAGAAGUGUGCUGCAAGGGGGAAGAGUGUGAUGAAGAAGUGUGCUGCAAGUGGGAAGAGUGUGAAUAAGAAGUGUGCUGCAAGGGGGAAGAGUGUGAUGAAGAAGUGUGCUGCAAGGGGGAAGAGUGUGAUGAAGAAGUGUGCUGCAAGGGGGAAGAGUGUGAUGAAGAAGUGUGCUGCAAGGGGGAAGAGUGUGAUGAAGAAGUGUGCUGCAGGGGGAAAGAGUGUGGUGAAGACAUGUGCUGCAGGGGGAAAGCACAGAUAG